AUGCAGCAUCCAUUCGGCAAUUUCACCAACCGUCCAUCCGAUUGUCGCACGCUCACCUUGGAAUCACUUGUGCAAGCCACCCCACUUCCAACCUUUGAUCAACUCACCCACGAAGCUGAGGCUGCAGUUAACCAGGUGCGCCAGGCCAACAAAAAAUCCAAGCCCAGGUCGACUCGCAAACGCCGGCCCCCUGUUAAUCCAGCAACUUCUCAAGUUUCCCAUUCGCCUUUACCCGAUCAGCCAUCAACCAAGACAGACUUACCGCGCGGCCUGAAACCAGCCCGAGCGGCCCGUGUCAGAUUAGAGGAAGAUGUCGUGGAUCAGUACCGGCAUCUCCCCAUUGAUGAACUGCGUCGUUUGGUGAACGAGCAUGGCGAGAAUGCACGUCUUUGUGCAGAAGACUGUGUGGAACUAACAGAAGUCUAUGAGAAUUACCAGCAAGAGAUGUAUCUGGCCGACAAAUCAAUGUCAAACGAUGAUCGCUCAAAGGAACUGGGUGCCCUGUGGGCCAAGGAAGAAGAUAAGGAUAAGUGGAAUGAUCUUGAAUACCUCGACUCUCUUCCUAACCCUUAUGAAGGACCCGCCAAGGAAGCAGCUGAAAACGAUUUGGAAAAAAAGAAGAAGAAAACGUAUGUCGACAUGAAAGCCGACAGAUGGGCAAGCAAGGUUAUAUUGGACCUCAGGAAAUUAAGCGCUGCCUAUGGAGUUGAAGGCCUAUUGAUUUUCGCUUUGCGCGGUAGAAAACGAACAAUCAUGAUCUCAGGAGGAAGCGAACUGGGUACUCGCUUUCUCAAUAUGUUUCCUGCGAAAGAAGACCUGCGUACGGGUUUCAUCGACUUUGUAAAAGGCCAAAAAUCGAUUGAGAAGAUAACUGGUUCCCUCCCACCUCCGCCCAAAAAGGCAAGAAAGCCGCGAAAGGGCAAAGCAGAUCUACCAGGAGACCUAUACCCUCAAUAUAAUCGUGGAACCAAGGCCAAGCAGCUCGACGCAGUUAGACCUAAACUUGUGGAAGCGCUAAAUAAAGCUACCCAUGGCCGAUGGGCUGUUGGGAAUGGUUGGCCAGGUUCGAGCACAGUUGAGCAGCUUAAUUCACUUGGCGUCAAGAUGCGAGUCAAGCGAAACAACCUCCUGGUAACCCCAAACAAUUUUUGUCAUAAGCUGGACCGUUUGAAGCGUGGCGAGCUGCAGAGGCUACUUGUGGCGGGUGAGGAGGGUUGGUUUGAACUAAUUGGGCCAGAUGUCGAUUCGGUAGAAGUUUUGGAUGCGUCGGACACCUACCAACAUCUCGAUCAAGGUAGCUCUCAGCGAAGCAAAAGCACCAAGUCGGGCACCAAACGAAGACGCCCAUCAACUAGUUCAACUGCAACAGGCGGGGCAGACGGGAAGCCAAACAAGAAGCCGUGUUGUGCCAAGACCAAGGCUGCAGUCUCGAAGCGAAAGUACAAAUCCAAAGCAGUCAUCUCGUCAUCGGAGGAGGAGGAGGAUAAAUCAGACACAUCCGAAGAAGAAGAGGAAGAGCCUGAUGAGUCCAGCAGUGAUGAAUCCAAUCACACCUCGGUUUUCACUCCUCAUGGGAAGGCUUCUGAAUGGGUGGUAGAAUCUGAGCCUGAAGAGGAUGGUAGCGAAGAUCAGGAUUGA